AUGUCCCUCCGUUUUCUCCAGUUUCUCACUCCCCCGCAGCCCGUCACUAGACCCGAGUAUGAUGGGCUCGAGUUCAGGUGGAGGAUGCUCACCUUCCGCCCCGCAUUGUUCAAGCAGGAGGCAGUCAUCCUUGCAAUUGCCCUCGUGUAUAUAGCCGCCUAUUUCAUCGGGAAGAAGAUGAAUGCAAACAGGGCGAAUAAAUGGUUCAAAGAGCAGCGCUCGAUCCUGACAGCACAAUUCUCCAGACCAUGGCAAAGAGAGGGGCUCAUCCAAGACGGGAGCUCCGACUUCUUCAUUUACUCCACCGGCCGGCGCGCCCUCACCUCGCUGCACACGACACUCUCGCUGCGCCCGCGCCACGAUCUCGCUCAAGUCGCGUUUCAAUUCGGGCGCGGGCUCAUUGAGCUCGACUACAAGCCCUGCGACGAGGUGGAGCUCAAUUUCGCUUUCAGAAACACGCCCGGCAAGGAGGGCGUCCCCGACUGCGUUUGGGCCGUCGUCGCCAAGGACCAGAUCCGCGGUAUCAAGGAGAACCGGUGGGAUCUCACCUUCACCAAGACGACGGACAACCCGAGCCUCCCGCCCUCGCUCACGGUCAUGUCAGAAAUCGCCGACGUCACGACGAACCUCCUCAAGCCGCUCGGGACGCUCUCGCUCCCCGCAGUGCUCUCCGACCCCGCGCUCCUCCCGUACUUCCGCUCGCUGUCGCUCACCGACCAGCCGCGCACCCGUCCGAAAGCGCCGCCCGUGCCAGGGGCACCGCGAACGCGGCACCUGAUCCUCUCGCUCGCCCUGCCCCCGCCGUCCGCCGCACAAGCGGUGCGCCCGCUCAUCGCCGCGUCAUUCCAGCUCGUCGACGCGAUCGCGGGCGAAGGGAAGGUCUUCGGCAGCCGGGGCGGGCUCGCGGCUGCGCUGCGUCCCGAGACGAAGUCGAAGCUGCGCAAGGUGCGGGAGGAGCUCGCGCGCGAGCUCAAGGAGGAGGCGGGGAAAGAGAAGGCGGAGGAGAAGGCGGAGGAAAAGGCUGCCGCAAAGAAGAAGGCAGAGGAGGAGCGGCUGUCGAAGCUGAGUGCCUCGGAUCAGAAGAAGGAAAUGGAGCGCGAGAAGAAACGGCUCAUGCGCAAGACGCAAGGGAAGGUUAAAACGCGGUAG